CUUGUACGAAGAUCAAGUAUAGCAGAAGCAAUAAAGUUGUUUCAAGUUUAAUUUUUUCCGCUUCAGUCAUGCAUAAUUCGGUAGUGACAUAAAUUCCCAGAUAAAUUUGCUAAUUAUUCUUUAUAGUAUAUACCCAAAAAAAGAGAAAAGAAAAAAAAAUCCAUAUAGUAACUAAAUUCAUUGUGUUUACAAAUUUUACACUUUUAUUGUUAAUUUUACAAAUUUCCCAAAUCUCAACCAGAUUGAUUUCAAAACAGAGUGAUGCAAAUAAUGACUGUUAGCGUUAAUGGCGUCUGUACAACUAAAAACCAUUCGAGUCUUGAACGUGGAGGAGUAAGACCAAGACGAAGACGAUGCCUGCUUCGUAAAAGUGUCAAAAUUGGUUUCAGUAGCGACUCAAUUUUACGCAGUUGUGGCUCAACAACGACUCCUCUGCGUCCUCAUAUCAAUAGUUUCCUCUCUGAUUCGUCUUCUUCGUUUCACGUUCCCUAUUCUCGAUCAAAACCAGGCUCGGUUGUAGAUGAUGGGCGGUCGUUAUAUUCGACAUCUUCGAGUUAUAAAAAGAAUGGGGCACCGUCCAGGUCAGUACCGAGGAGAAUAAUGGCUUCUCCUUCACAGCUGACAAAUUGUGGAACAAGGGAGAGUGGAAGAGACCAUGUUUAUGUGGCUGCAUUUCCUCUAAGAGCGGCCAAAGGACCACCCCAGCUUCUAAUGUCCGCUGCUUACUCACUCAAUCUAUGGGAUUUCCAACAUUUUGUGGUUAUAAUCAAACCCCACUCACCGCCACCACAUUCUCAGGUGCUGGUUUACGAUUUUCAGCCCAAAGAUCCGGAAAAUAUAUUUGUGGCUCUUGAAGUUUUAUCUGGUAGAUCAAUAUCAGGAGUUGUUCUUAUAAGGAAUUUAUCAAAACUACCAAGAAGCAACUGUUGGUUUGUUGGUUCUUCCAAAGUCAAUGCUACAGAUAUGGCUUGCGAAUUCAACAAGAACUGGGGAACCCAUUUGAGGGUUGGCCAUCAUGAUUGUCGGGAUUAUACGAACGGAUUGGUCGAGUACCUAACUGGAGAAAAACAUGUUUUGGAGCGCUUGAAAAGAAGCAAUAAGGGGUAAUGCAUCAGUCAUAGUCAUUCAGCUACGAGAUUGAUGCCAAACAAAGUUUUACCUUAUUUCCACAACCAUCUAUAGGAUACCACAGUAAGUUAUACAGUGUCAAAAAUCACAAAUUUAUCUUUUUGCAAUUUUCCCUAAACUUGAGUGGAAGUGCUGUAAGUAUUGGUCUUGUUCUCUGCUUUGACUGGGACAUGGUCACCAUAUGUAUAAAUCCCUACACGUGAUAUACGUAUAUAUGUAUAAAAACUUAGUUGGAUUAUAUAAUUUUUCUACACCACCUAGAUGAUGGGCA